CUAUCGAAAUCUAGUAAUGGGUGUUUAAUUGUCAAGGAAGAUGUCAAGAUUAUGUUACGUCGAAUAGCUCAUUCAAAAACAAUUGAGAUUUGUAAAGAAGCUGAAAAAGCAUUAAAAGAUUCAUCUGAGUAUAAUAAUCAUCCAAAACUAAAAGAGUAUUUAAAAAAUACUUGGUUGUGUAUCAAAAAGAGAUGGGUAUCCGCAUACAGACAAGAUAGACUUUUGCUGAAUGUGAAUACCAACAAUGGAAUUGAGCGUCAAAACCAAAGUUUUAAAUACAGUUUCUUAGAAAAAAGAAAAAAUUCUUCCCUUACCGCUAUGCUUAGCAUAUGCAUUGAAGAAUUCCUUCCACACAAGUAUGACAGGUUAGUCAGUUAUUGUCAACUCUAUACUACUUGAAGUCUAAUAGUCGGGUAAUAUACCAGUGCUAUCUAGGUGAUAAUGAACGUUUACCAACUUGUUCUUGUCCAUCAUGGUUUAAUUCUGCUUAUCCAUGCAAGCAUUUUUUUGCUAUAUUCUUAAAAGAAAAUCUAUCUUGGUCUGCUUUUGGUAUGGCUUAUUGAAAUUCUCCUUAUUUUGUUUUAGAUUUAUUGUCAGAAGAAAGUAGUCUAACAAAUACUGAAUAUUGUCCGGGUUCCGUUUAUUUUGUUAAUGAUUCCACAAAUGUCAUCAAUGAAAAUGCAGCACCACAAACAAUAGUUGAUUCAGAUCAAAUUAGGCAAACAUUACCAAUUAAUAAUAAUCAACCAUUUAAAACUACUUACCACACUGCAGCAAAAUGUAGAGAAUUAUUGAAUGAAAUUAGUCAGUUGUCAUAUUUAUGUGACUCACAAAAAAUAGAUACUUUAUUUGAAGAAUUAUUAAAAGUUAAAAAAUGCUUGUCUGAAAGUCUUCCAACUGAAACAGGGGUUCUUCUUCGUCCAGUAGUUAAACCAGAAACUUGGAGCAAGUCUGAAUCAAAGUUGCCAAAACUUA